AUAAUGAACCAUGGAAGUAGGGGAUAAACACAAGGAUCCAAGAUUCUAGUAGGAUUUUGAUUUUCAAUUUUUCACUUUGGUGCCACUCGUCCGUCCACUCCGAAGCCGCCUCCGAGACAACUCAUCUCCUUGGACCAUGGCCGCCGCCGCGGCGUCUUGCCUCCUCCUACCCAUACUACUCGGCUUCCGCCUUUCCCUCGCCUCACCGGCGGAGGCGCACCUCGCGGGGGAGCUCCUGGCCGAGGCGCGCGCGCCGGGGUUCGCCGCGUGGCUGCGCGGCCUGCGCCGGCGCAUCCACCAGCGGCCCGAGAUGGCGUUCCAGGAGUACCGCACCAUCGAGCUCGUGCGGGCCGAGCUCGACGCGAUCGGCGUGCCGUACAGGUGGCCAGUCGCCCAGACCGGCGUCGUGGCGACCAUCGUUGGUGGCGGCGGCGGCCACGACGACGGGCCCGUAGUCGCGCUCCGAGCCGACAUGGACGCGCUCCCCUUGCAGGAAUUAGUAGAUUGGGAGUACAAGAGCCAGGAAAGUGGGAAAAUGCAUGCUUGUGGACACGAUGCACACACAACAAUGCUCCUGGGAGCUGCUAAGCUACUUCAAGAUCGGAAGGGUGACUUGAAGGGUACUGUGAAACUUGUAUUCCAGCCAGCAGAGGAGGGUUACGGCGGGGCCUACUACAUCUUACAAGAAGGCUGUCUUGAUGACGUGUCAGCGAUAUUUGGCUUGCAUGUCAGCCCAGACCUUCUAUUAGGUGCCGUUUCAUCCAGGCCAGGACCCUUCUCUGCAACAUCAGCUCGAUUCAUAGCAACCCUGAAUGGAAAAGGUGGACAUGCUGCAGUACCCCAUCAGUCCAUCGAUCCUAUUGUAGCUGCGUCCACUGCCAUCCUCAGUCUUCAACAAAUUGUCUCCCGGGAAAUUGAUCCGCUCCAGAGUGCAGUGGUAUCUAUCACCUUUCUGAAAGGAGGAGAAGCUUUCAAUGUUAUUCCAGAGUCUGUGACCUUCGGUGGCACCUUGAGGAGCCUGUCAAAUGAAGGUUUAUCAUAUCUCAAGAAGAGGAUCAGAGAGAUUGUAGAAGGGCAGUCUGCGGCACAUCACUGUACUGCCUCUGUGGACUUCAUGGAGGACAAGAUGAGGCCAUAUCCUGUUGUGAUCAAUGAUGAAGGGAUGUAUGGUCAUGCUAAGGCAGUGGCUGAGAGAUUCCUUGGUGAAAAGAACGUCAGGGUUUCUCCCCUGGUAAUGGGUGCCGAGGAUUUUGGGUUCUAUGCUCAGAGAAUGGCGGGUGCCUUCUUCAACAUUGGGAUCCGCAACGAGAGCACAAUGUCAGCAGUCCAUAAACUUCACUCCCCAUACUUUGAGAUCGAUGAAGAUGUACCUCCCGUGGGAUCUGCAUUCCAUGCUGCCGUUGCAAUUGAAUACUUGAAGAAGCAUGGAUCAACAUGAAACAGAAUAGGAACAUAUAGGGGCUAUAUAUGCUCUCUUCAUUCAUCCAGCCUCUUUUUUUGCAGGUUCGUCAAGGAUAUUGAGAAGUGGACAUGUUGAAGACCCAACAUUUUAGAAAAUGUAAAUAAAACUUCACUGAGGAAGAAAAAUUGGUUGCAAACAAACUUCGACAUCAGUAGCAUGUUGUUGAAUUAUCUUGUACGUAGGAAUGACCAUUGGCACAAAGAAGGAGCUAGCUGUAAAAUAACAGAACCAACCCACUAUAUUUACAUCCUUGAGUUAAAUUUGAAAGAAUAGGAAAAGGCAAUGUGAAUACUAAAGCAAAAAAUAUGGAUCUUCUUUACGAUGUAGUAGCACAUCAGCAUAGAUGCUUGGGCUCUAGACACUUGAAAGAGGCGAACAUAGAAAAUACUUAGUUGUGAAAUGGCUUUGGGAUCGGAAAUGCCUUCACAUGCAAAAUUUAUUUUCUACAAUGCAAGAACAGGAUGUGGAUGCACUAAAAAAAUAAUUAUCUCCUAAACAUGAAAGAGUCUCUGAUAAAUAAAAUUGCGUACCAUGGUUUCUGUUAUAAUGUUUCCAACUUUAAACAUGAAAGAAUCUCUGAUAUAAAGUUGCGUGCCAUGGUUUCUGUCAAUAUUAAAAUAAUUUCA